AUGGCAAGUUAUCAUGAACUAACCAUUUUUGAAUGUGGAAUGAUUAUUGGACUUUUCAAGGACAAUCAUGGUGCUACUGAUAUUUCUAAAUUUCUUGAAAUAUCCAGAACUACUUGUCAGAAUGUCAUAAAUAAUUUCCAUAAAAAGAGCCUUACAGAUGUUGCUGAUCAUUCUGGAAGACCACCUAUUUUGUCUAGCCAUGAAGAGCGUACUCUUAUACAUCAAGCCAGAGAAAAUAGAAAAGAUUCUCUUGAAGAAAUUACUGAAUAUUUUAACAAACUUAAUCUUACCUAUAUUA